CCCAACAACAAAGCAAAGUGGUUGGAACGUACUGCCAUGACCGAAGAUGGAAUCCGCGAACCUCACCGAUCGCGUGAGAUUGGCCAUCGCCAGCGGUGUCGGCGGCGGUGUCGUCUGCUACUCCCCGACGCUCAUCACAACGAACGGCAUCUGGAAGGGCAGCAACCCCUUGGAAUACUCCCUCCCCCUCUUCAUCAUUCAGGUCAUCCUCGUCGUCGUCACCACCCGCGUCCUCGUCAUCCUCCUCAAGCCCUUACACCAGCCCCGUGUCGUCGCUGAGAUCAUCGGAGGCAUCCUCUUGGGGCCAUCGUGCCUGGGUAGCGUGAAAAUUAUGGGCGAAUCGCUCUUCCCGAUCAGGAGCUUGCUGACGCUGGAGACCGUGGCGCACAUCGGCCUCCUCUUCUUCCUAUUCCUAGUCGGCGUUGAGAUGGAUGUCAUGGUGAUAAAGAGGACCGGGCGACGGGCGCUGGUCAUUGCUGUGGCCGGCAUGGUCGUCCCGUUCGGCAUCGGCAUCGUGGCCUCCUAUGGCCUCCAACGCCACGUCUCCAGGAACAUCCACCAAGGCUCCUUCCUCCUCUUCAUCGGCGUGGCCCUCGCCGUCACGGCCUUCCCCGUCCUCGCGCGCAUCCUCGCCGAGUCCAAGCUCCUCAACACCGAGAUCGGCCGCAUUGCCAUGUCGUCGGCCAUCGUCAACGACAUGUGCGCGUGGAUCCUCCUUGCGCUCUCCAUCGCCCUCUCGGAUAACGGCCGGGGGGGAGGGAAGCCCAACGGGAACGCGCUGGCGUCCCUCUGGGUACUGCUCUCGGGUGUGGUCUUCGUGCUGUUUUGCUUCUACGCCGUCCGGCCGGCGAUGCGGUGGAUCAUGAAGCGGACGCCGGAGGGGGAGGGGGUGAGCGACUUCCACGUGUGUCUGAUACUGAGCGGCGUGAUGCUGGCCGGGUUGACGACGGACGCCAUCGGGAUUCACUCGGUGUUCGGGGCGUUUGUGUUCGGGCUGGUGGUACCCAACGGGCCGCUGGGGGUGGCGUUGAUAGAGAAGCUGGAGGACUUCGUGACCGGCUUGUUGCUGCCGUUGUUCUUUGUUAUUAGUGGACUGAGGACGAACCUGGCCACGGUUAGGGACCCAAAGACGGUGAUAGCUCUGGUCGUGGUCUUCGUGCUGGCGAGUGUGGGGAAGAUCCUGGGCACCGUUCUGAUUGCUGUCUUCUUUACGAUGUCGUUCCGAGACGGGCUGGCUCUGGGUUUCCUCAUGAAUACCAGAGGGCUUGUGGAGAUGAUCGUCCUCAACAUCGGAAGGGACAAACAGGUGCUGGACGACGAGUCGUUCGCGGUGAUGGUGGUGGCCUCGGUGGCGAUGACGGCGUUGGUGACCCCGGUGGUGAUGGCCGUCCACCGGCCGACCCGCCGCCUGAUCGGCUACAAGCGUCGCAACCUCCAGCGUUCGAAGCCGGACGUGGAACUCCGCAUGAUGGUCUGCGUCCACAACACCCGCAACGUCCCCUCCCUCAUCUCCCUCCUCGACCUCUCUCACCCCACCAAACGCUCCCCAAUCUUCGUCUACGCCCUCCACCUCGUCGAGCUCACCGCCCGCGCCACCGCCAUGCUCAUCGUCCACAGCGCCCACUCCUCCUCCUCCGCCGGCGGCGGCCGCGCCCACUCCGACCACAUCUUCGCCGGCUUCGAGAGCUACGAGCAGCACGCCGGCGGCGUCUCCGUCCAGACCAUCACCACCGUCUCCACCUACGGCUCCAUGCACGAGGACGUCUGCGCCCUCGCCGAGGACAAGCACGUCACCCUCAUCGUCCUCCCCUUCCACAAGCAGCAGACCGUCGACGGCGCCAUGCAGCCCAUCAACCCCGCCAUCCGCACCCUCAACGAGGGCGUCCUCGCCACCGCUCCCUGCUCCGUCGCAGUCCUCGUCGACCGCGGCCUCUCCGCCGCCUCCCGCGCCGCCCCCGCUCACACCCCCACCCACCACGUCGCCCUCCUCUUCUUCGGCGGCCCUGACGACCGCGAGGCCCUCGCCUACGCCUCCCGCAUGGUCGAGCACCCGGGCGUCAAACUCCUCGUCAUCCGCUUCCUGCCCGGCGACGACCCCGCCGCCUCCACCUCCCCCUCCGCCACCGCCGCUGCCACCCGUGACUCCAGAGUCAUCACCAUCGUCACCGACGGCAGUCGCCAGUGGCAGCUCGACGACGAGUGCAUGAACGAGUUCCGGCUGCGCAACGUGAGCAACGAGUCGGUGGCGUACACGGAAAGAGUGGUGAACAGCAGCGAGGACACGGUGGCGGCGUUGCGGGCGAUGGAGAGCAUACACGAUCUGUACAUAGUGGGGAGGGGGCAGGGGGAGGCGACGCCGAUGACGGCGGCGCUGGCGGAGUGGAUGGAGUGCCCGGAGCUGGGGCCGAUUGGGGACCUGCUUGCUUCGUCGGACUUCUCGGCCACGGUGUCUGUGCUGGUGGUGCAGCAGUACGUUGGCGGGGCGUUGGGGCCGGAGGUGCCGGCAGAGUCGGCGGACAGCCCAACCGGCAGGGCGGUGCCCCAGUACUUGAAUAAUGCCAACCAGCGGAUCUCCGUGGUCGCCGGGACGCACCGUGGGGCGGCGCCGGCAUCCUUUAAUGUUGGUUGGAAUGGAAGGCAAGCAUGAGAUAAUUCUGCGCAUUCACAAGCCAACGGAUGGCAAUUUUGGCUGGGUUCGUUUAAAAGAUAGCUGACCUAUGUUGAGGCAUGAAUUUUGGUUGAGUGCAUGGCAAAGUGUUUCUCUCAACAUGCAGGAGGUCUUGGUAGUAUGCAAUCCAUCUUGAUUGCAUUUGUGCAUCAGAUGCAACCUAGCGAUUCCUUUUAGUUCUUUUGAUUGCUUUCAUUAUUAUUCUUUUGAUUUAGCUUCUAUUCAAAUGUACAGAUUGUACACAGGUUUAAUUGUUAAUUACAUUAAGUGAUUGUUUGGAGCGCACACAUGUUUUAGUACUCA